UUUCCUAUUUCGCCCUGUGGCAAUGCGCAAUUGCGUAGGGUUCGAAGUCCUUUUCCUCACUACCCACAGCUGCUCUUCCUUCGCCGGAAAGCAUCCGACGGGGUAUCUCCGCCGCCCUGCCGCAACCACUCCUAUCAAGUUCUCUCUAUAAUUCAACAUUCAAUCGAUUAGUUUUUCUCUACUUCCUGAAAAUAUCCCCAUAUCAAUUCAUUGAAUACAUUUAUAUACUCUCUUCUAAAUAAGCACUCAUAUAUAACAGUCAUUCUAUUUUUAUUUGGUUCACAUUCCAAAUAACUUCUUGAUCUAGCGAAAAUAGGCCAAUUACUGUUUUCCUUUCAAUUCUCUACUCAUUGAAAGGCCCGAUUAAGCAUUGUAGCUCUUGUUCGAGAUUAUCAGCGAAUUUGUGAUAGGGUUUAGGGGCGAAGUUUUAGGAAAUUGCGGAGUGCAGUGAUGGGGGAAGAUGAUCGAACAUUUGGGGCUGAUUUCUCAAGUGAAGGAGUUUCAAGGCUUCGUGGUGUUGUCGAGGAGAAGCUCAAGGAGUUCAUGGGUGACUACACCGAUGACACUUUGGUGGAAUAUGUGAUAGUCUUGCUAAAAAAUGGUAGGAGUAAGGAUGAAGCGAAGAAUGAACUAGAUGUCUUUUUAGGAGAUGACAGCGACUCUUUCAUAUCAUGGCUAUGGGAUCAUCUGGGGUCUAAUUUAGGUUUAUACACCCAAGCACAAGAACUUCAACCAGUAGGAGCCCUCAAAGAAGACCCUGCUGCAGGGGAUCAGAGGAAAACUGGAUCUGAUCAGAUUGAAUCUGAAGCUGAUAAAGGAAACUCUGUUGGAACAUAUGGGCACCAUAAAAAUCGGGAAAAUAAAGGGUCUGUAAGGGGUGGUCAUGAUGGAGUCCCACUUCCUCGGAAGUCUGUGGCCAACAAUGUAAAUAUCAGAGAUGAAAAUCAGAUUAAUGAUUCUCAAUCCAAGUCACAUCGUUUUCCUCAGUCAGGAAUUCAUAAAAAAAGAAGGCGAGAUAAUGAUGAUGGGAAACAGCAAAGAAAGAGAGAAGUGUCCCAGUCAACUGUUAGUGCCCCAAAAAGGCUACUGCAAUUUGCUGUACGUGAUGCUGUUUCUACUUCUAGGCCAUCAAAGGCCACAGCAGAGCCUUCACUCAAACGUCUGCGCUCCGUGGUUUCAACACCAGAGUCAUAUGCAGAAGCACACCCUCAGAGGAUUCGCCGUGCUUCAAUGUCUGUGGCUAUUAAAGCUAUGGCAGAAGCGGUGAAGGAUGUAACAAAAGUUAGGCCUUCCCGUAAUGUGUUUGAUAGGCUUGGUAAUGCUAUGAAUGGCCCAAAAACUAGCAGUCAUCGAGAACAUGGAUGUAUUUCUGAAGAUGCUGUUGAUGAAGACCUUAAUGUUGAGAUGAAGAGUCUUCACUCUUCUUAUUACCCUAGAGAUGAUAUUGGCAUGCUGCAAGAAGGGAACAUGUCAUCUUUUCAUGAAGAAGUCAUGGUUACUGGUCGGGGAUAUGACAGAGAAAAUUGUGAUCAAAGGGGCCGGGAAGGCACAGAUAUUUAUCCAUCAAACUCAUCUGGUGAAAACUGGGUUGAGAGGUCCUUGAAGUUUCAAUAUGGUGCUGCUGAUCAUGUUGAUGGAACACCCAACAGACCACCCAGAGAUAUUAUUCAACCUGCGACAGUGCAUAGUGCAAUCCUCAUGAAUUCUUCCUCUGUAACAAUGAAAAUGAGGAAACCUUCGUUACAGGAAGAAAUAGAGGCAUCUGAGAUGGAUAGUCGUGAAGGAAUGCGAGGUGCUGAUACCGUGUCAACAAAAUCUGAAGCGUGGUUGAUGAAAGAGAACAGCAAUCAUAUUGUGCCUUUUAAUGGAAAUGCAAAGCCUGAUGCUACUCUGCUCGAGUCUGAAAGGAGUCAGGCAGAAAGUGGUUUAUGCAAUACUGUUCCACUACCAACUGAUGAUGCUGAUUCUCGUACCAUCUUUGUUAGCAAUGUACAUUUUGCUGCCACGAAGGAUAGCCUUUUGCGACAUUUCAACAAGUUUGGAGAAGUCCUGAAAGUUAUUAUCUUAACUGAUCCAGCUACUGGGCAACCCAAAGGAUCAACAUAUAUAGAAUUUAUGAGAAAAGAAGCAGCUGAGCUUGCUUUGUCUUUGGAUGGCACGUCUUUUUUGUCACGCAUUUUGAAGAUUGUAAAGAAAAGCUCUGCUCAACCGGACACUGCAUCUGUUAUGACAUGGCCUCGUGUUGCCCGGGCAUCUCCUUUUGUUGUUCCAAGAUAUGGCAGAGCUCCUUUUGCUAGAGGUAUGCCCAGUUUAUACAGGGGUGGUGGCCGUGUACCUAUGAAGCCUGGUGCACGGAGUUUCCAGUGGAAGCGAGGGGCUGACUCAACUUUGACCACCGAGACUUCAGGUCAGGCCUCCAACAACAUAAUUUCAUCACCAAGUACGCGUAAUCUCACAUAUGUGAGAGCAGAAGCCAAGACAAAUGGGAGUUCAGGGAAAUUUUGAAUAUCGGCAUUGUUUUUGCUUGGCUGACAUGAUUCAGGAAGUGAAUGAGUUGAGGAAUAAUAUCCUCAUUUUGCUUUACCUUAGUAUAGUGGAGAUGGGGCAAUUCAGGGUGUUACAGGGGAACAGGAGUCUAUUGUGAAUAUUAUGGACUGAGUGCGGCCUAGACAUUAUGCUCUGAGAAUGUUUUUUGUUUUGCAUUGAUCAUGAUCGUUUGAAUAGAAAAUGGAAAAUAAAAAAUGGAAAAAAUCAAAGUUUGCCGAA